UGUUGUUAAUUUCGUUGCUUAUUAACUUCCCAUCUUCUCUUUACUCUAAAAAAAUUCCGCAAGUCCCCAAUCUCAUUGGUUUUUCGCGUCAGUGCCAUGGAUCGAGUCCAGCUCCUCCUCGUAGGAUUACCUCUUUUCCUCUUCGUCACCGAUAUCUUUAACCUCUUCACUCCUCCGCCGCCUAAACCGCCGUGCCACCACCAUCAUACCCCCUUACCCAAACCUCCAUUCAAUCCUGAAAUCAUAGAUAUUCCUUUACAGAAACCCAGCAUUGGAGGAAUCGGCUAUGGCUGCACGGUGAAUAUCAAUUUCUGCGCUUCAUGCUCUUACAGGGGAACUGCCGUGACAAUGAAGAAGAUGCUGGAAACCCAGUUCCCUGGAAUUGAUGUGAUCCUUGAUAAUUAUCCACCACCUUUGCCAAAGCGGUUGCUUUCCAAAGUGGUUCCAGUUUUCCAGUUUGGAGUUAUAGGGAUUGUAAUGGCGGGUGAACAGAUAUUUCCUAUGAUCGGGAUUAUGACUCCGCCCCCAUGGUAUUAUUCCUUGCGUGGAAAUAGGUUUGGGUCCAUUGCAACUGCUUGGCUUCUUGGCAAUGUAAUGCAGUCUUUUCUGCAAAGCUCUGGUGCUUUCGAGGUUUACUGCAAUGGUGAAUUGGUUUUCUCUAAGCUGAAGGAGGGAAGGUUUCCGGGAGAGAUCGAGUUAAAAGAUCUCGUUGGCAAAACAUUGGCUAAUUCAAGAGUGACGUACAACCUUGGUGUAGUGUGGUCUUAGCUCAGUGGCUGGACUAUAUAACUGUUGGAUUGAAAGCACUCGACCUUACCAGUUCAAGGUUUGAUCUUCUCUUUGGUUAUUACUUAGAUUGCUGCAGUGAAAACAUACAAAGAUAUUGGCUCAGGUUUUACGUCACUUUUGUAUCUGAACUUUCAUUGCACUUGUGGGAGCUGCUUUAAUUUAAUAAACGUUAUCAGCUGAGAAUCUCAGUGCCCGAUAGUUUUCCAAUUUGGCUAAAUUUUAACCAAGUAUUUUGUUUACA